ACAUUGCCCUCUCUUCUGCAGGGAGUCCCGCAUUUUAGACGUUUUCCAUCCACAGCUUAGGUAAGGUGCCCCAGUGAGUCAUAAAAACAAAAACAAAAAUGACGGCGAAAACGCUGCUAAAAGAAUUGAUUCGCGAGCUGCGACUUACCAACAACAGCUACGGAAAUCUAUGGGAAUCUCCAGCGUACCAAUUCAUCCUCAAGAACUUUCGUCGCAACCAGGUUACAGCUGAGCAAACAUGCAAAGCUCAACAAGAGAGUCAAUACAUGGCGGACACAUACCUAUGUUAUUUAAAAAGCUCGAGAAUAGCUGCACAACUGAGACACGAGUUUCACGGACAAGGAGAGCGCACAUCUCCCAUAAUAUCGGGCUCUGAUCUAUCUGUAACAGAUAGACUAAAUCUUCCUAGCCGAAGAAUGAAACUCUCACUGGAGAAGUCAUCCAACAUGAUGGGGGCCGUUUCCCUUGCCUCUCCUAAUCGACAUACAAUGUCUCUAAUGUCUGACGAUCUGAGCCACACCAUUUUUGAAGGCGAUCCUACAUUUACAAGAAUUGGAUUAGCUGGGCAAAGAAAAACACUUGAUGAAACCAGAGUAGAUUUGACAGUGAACAACUUGUCACGGAAAAAACACAAAGAAGAGCUUAUGAGCAUACUUUUGGAAGAAGAAGUUCCAGGAGUAGAAAAUGCCUUAGAAUUGUUUGAGAGCUUCCUCCAGACAUUUCAAUCUUAUGGUGCAGAACAUCAAGUGUUUAACCAGUGUGCUGAAUAUGAAUCCAAGUGUGGGGAGCAAGUAACGGCUUUACACAAAUUGAUUCAAAUGGCCCCACAGGGUCAUAGCAAAUUAGCCCAAGCACAAGAACUAGAACAAGAGCUAAGAUUUGAGCGUGACACUUGGAGAUUGGUUGCUUCUCUUUACCAAGAUCGCCUAAAUUCUGAAUUUCAAGACAGUGAAAUGGAAUCAGAAGAAAUUUGGAGUGGAUUAGAUGAUGCUACUAGUGAGGAUGAUUUAGUCAGACAAUUGUAUGACAAAAAUGCAAUUAUCAGGCAGGCUCAACUUGUAGUUGAUUGGCUUGAACAACGAGCAGCUGACGUUUACCACGAUUCGCAUUAUAGCCAGGCGGAAUUUUAUGGAGAUGCAGUUACCGGCUGGGAGAAUACGCUUCAUUCAUUGAUAAGUAAAAAGCGUGGAAUCAGCACGGAUAACGCUGAACAAAAUCUGGUAACUCAAAUGGAUCCAGAUGCUCCCAACCGCGAUCAAAGCAGGCGUCUUCACCCACUUGACAAAGAGGAUGAAAUGCGUUUGCUCCGUUCCGUGUUUGCUCGGCUUCGUUGCGGCCAACUGGAUGAAGCCCAGCAGCUGUGCUUCCGGGCAGGCCAACCAUUUCGUGCUGCUAUUUUGGAAGGAUGGAAACUGUUUCACGACCCCAAUAUGAAAUCUCGUACUGAUGUUGCGAACACGAAAGAAUCACCAUCGGGAAAUCCGUAUCGUGAUAUUUGGAAGACGAUGAGUUGGAAAGAAUGUGAAAAUGUGCAAUUAUCGGUAGAGGAGCGUUCAAUCUUGGCUCUUCUUUGCGGACAUUUAAAAGCACUUUUACCAGCCUGUCCUAGCUGGGAGGAUCAGUUGUGGGCUCAUUUACGGGCUAUGAUCGACCAUUGUGUUGAAAAAGAACUUCGUCGUUGUGUCAAUUACAAGCGGCAACUGCAGGUUUUGCCAGACGAAUAUUGGAAUCAACAGUUGACAGUCGAAUCCAUAUUUUCCACGUUAGCCGCUUCUAGAGACAAAACCUUGGUAGCGCAAGGCCGUGACCAAUAUAGGAUCAUUCAACGCUAUCUUAUCAUGGAUGACGUGGACGGGCUACUAGAAGAAAUGUCCUCGUGGCUAAGUAAAGGUGAUAGCUGGAGCGUCCAUUUACGACCACACAUGCUGCGACUAAUGGCCCAUCUUGCGCUUUUUUUCCGGCGCAUCGGUCGUGGCUCGUCAGAGGAUUUGAUUGGAUCCAUUCUCGAAGCUUAUGUUCUGCAACUGGUCAAUCUUGGGCGAACCGAUUUGGCAGCUGUGUAUGUCGCACAGUUACCUUUGCCCGAAGAUCAAAUUCGCCUAUACGCUCAAUGUCUUGUCAUGGUAGAAGAACAGCAAGAAUUAUGUGAAGACACAGAGCGCCAGCGCCUCCUCUAUUUGGCCCAUCAAGUGGGGCUUGACGUGAAUGCCAUUGCAAAACAAGUUGUUAUCACCCUCUGCAACCAAGGUGGCAAUAUUCAGCACAUCAAUGACGCGUCCCUCCAGGUAGCGACUAGUGCAGAGGAUGAACGUCGAAUUCGUUCACUAAGCUGGCUGUUAAUGGACCCGUCUAUGCGGAGUCAGCUGCUUAUUCAAGCCAACACGCUCAUGCGAGGAUACCUUCUCCGUCGUCAAAUUGAGGCUGUGAAGCUUACUUUUAAAUUAAUUCCUCCCGACACACUUAAAAUAUUAAGUGAAAUAUGGGAAUCCAGAACAGGGUUGACGGACUUGCCAACAGAAGUUGCGGCCGCAACCCGCGAAUAUCUUUCUAUUCAGGCGUACAUUGACGCUUUAGACGCCUUCCAAGAAUGGUUCACUCGCUUUCACCACUCCAAACCCAAGAAAACUGAAGCUUCAGUCCAGCAACAGCGAGGAGGAGCGAGUGCCCAGCUGUCUUUCACUGAAAAUUUACUGAAAGAACAACAUCUAAAGCAACAUCAAGUAGAAAUGCUUCGAUGGCAAGCAGCGGUGGAUUCACUGACGGAGACGGCUAUUGACAAGCUCUACAACGUCCUUCUCUUUCCCGAUGGGGGCUGGAUGGCAGAUAGCGUCCAAUUCGAAGAUGAGAAUACUCCUCGUCAACAGCAACAGCAAUUGCUACGACAAAGUUGCAUCCCGCAUGCGGCUCUACUGCUCUGCAACGUCUUGACCAGUACGCAUCGCCAUAGCCAAUGCCUUGAGCUCGCUAAUGUCGUAGCCAGCGAACAACAAUCGCUUUACAAAGUUUGCUCGGCUGAGCAGCUUGGUCAACUGACCAAGCAUUUGCGACAAGCGUAUGUUAAAUUGCUGGACCUCGGAGAAAGUCCCUAAAAAAAAUUUGAAAUUCUUUCAUUCAUCCAAUCUUUUUUUUCCUGUUUUUUUUUUUUUUUUUUUAAUCCUAAAAUAAUAAAGAAUUGAAUUACUGGUUGUUUGAACGAUUUGUUAUUUUUAAGCGGCAAGGCAAUUGUGAAUAUGGUACUAAAUCCCAAAAUCGAAUUCAUGGACAAAAAAUUUAAAAAAGGAUUACCAAGAAAUGAACACAGCACCAGAGAUGCAUAGAAAAAUCAACAGGAAAUCAUCGUAGAAA